AUGAAGAACGGAGAAAUUAACUUUACCCGAUACUCGAUAAAAAUUACAAUACCAGGGGAGAUCUCAUUAGAAGAUGCCAUCAGCGAAAUUAGCAAGAAAUGCAGAAUAGUAGAGGUGAUGGUAGAUAACACAAUAGAUACCGGAGAGGAGGAAAUAAUUGUUCAUUUCAGCCCAAACUCGAGGUACUUGCUAUAUGGCGAGUUUGAUAGCUUAGAAUCAGCUCUUGACUUACCAGAUGAGAUUGAAAUAAAAGGUAAAAGUAUAGUACCCCCCCCCUCGUUUGUCGCAUUUUCUAGUUUUUUUUUAAGGGAAAAAAAAAUUUACAGGACCUCGUUUGUCGCAUUUUCUAGUGCAAAUACAUUUGUCGCAAUUUCUAGUUUUUUUAAUUUUUUUUUGAUGUCGCAAAUCUUAGUUUUUUUUAAAAAAUAG